AGAUAGACAAAAGCGAGCGAGAUUGAGUCACUGUCACUUGUGGAGGAAAGUGCUAUAGAGUAGUUAGACCAGCCUCACUGGUCUGGGUGCAUUUAUCUGUCUGUAAGGCCUGUUGAAUGUCAUUCCCAUGCUUCUCCUCCUAGUGAUGACAUGAUCGAAAGAAGGGCAACUUCUCCACCACGAAAAUCGACACGCGUGACUUCUAGAGAUAGAGAGAAACAAACUGGAGAGUGAGAGAAUUUGUUAGAGGAAAAGGAAGAGAGAGAGAGAGAGUGAGAGAGAGAGAGUGAGUGUAAGAGACAGAAGAGUUUGAGCGGGUUUUAGCGUUGCUGUUUUUUGACACCGCUGAGUCUACAGAGCGAUGUCGCAACUUUUCUGACAACCCAAGGAGGACUGGAGUGACCAUGCAACAGACAGAGGAAAUAAGGGGAAAGAAUAUGUCAACAAUCCAUCUGGGAAAACUGGUGAAGUAUGACAAUGGAGAACAACUGGAAUGAUAAAGAGAACAAUCCUAACAUGCUUCCUAACAAGACAAGAGACGCCAGGGCACACGCCUGAAACUGAACUAAGACUGAGGACAAACACAAGGAAUGUUCCAGAUUGUUUUCUGUAACUCAAUCUCAACAGCCGCUGGUCUGUCUAAUCCAUAAUCCAUAUACAGCAUAUCAUAUGUAUGUACUGUAUGUUUGUUUGUAUAUACCAUCAUUGGUCUGACCCAGGGGGUCUGAUGUAAGAGUGCUCUCUGUCCUGAAUGUCUCAGCCAAACCCCUCCGUUGACACCCAGACUCUGCUUCAGUCCAUGCUCCAGAGACUGAGGCUCCAGCCUGGCUCAGAGACCCAGCACGGCAGGCAGGACCAGGCCCCCCACGGCCCCACCACAGCUGCCCAGGGCCAGGGGGAGGAUGGGGGGAGACCUUGGGCUAACGCCAUUGGCAAUGGGGCUCUGGGGCUGUCUCCGGCUGAUGAUGUCAGAGCGGCUGAGGGAAAAGGGGGAUGUGAGAAGGCCAGGAAAAGUGAGAUGUGGAGGUUGGACUCCAGGGAGGAGGUUGGGAUACCUGUGUGGGACUGUAAUUUUGGGGGAUCCAUUCGGAGAGGGAAAGGGGAGGAAGGGAGGAAGCAACCCACUGGCAGUCUCCCCAAGUUGGACAGGGGACAGAUGGUGUCAUCCCCUUUGGCUGCUCAGGGUGCCCCUGUCCUCGCCCCCUUACAGGAUGCUGGCAGUGUAAGAGGUGACCCAGGAGGGUCAGUGGGGGCUCUGCCAACAGUGAUGACCUUCACAGGAACUCAAACCGGGAACGAGGGCCACAUUGACGCAUCACCUCUCAGUAACUCAUCUCUAAGCUCCAAGACCAAGGGUGCUCAGAACCAUGACCGGUCGGUUCUAAUGACGUCAAACUCUGACUUUAUUCCAUUUGACAUGGGGACUCAAAUGAAGAGGUGGCAGACUUUGGGCUAUGGGGGGUCAGAGGUUCCGGGACAUGGAGAUGUCAUGAAGAUUAUGUCACCUGGUCAAGGUGUAGCAGAAAACACCUCGUCAACUAAGUCGAUGAAGAGAUUGACACAGAGGAUAAAGGAGAAAUGGAGGGACAGGCAGGAGAGUUUAGGGAAGAAAAGGAAAGCGGAGGAUGGAGUGAGAGAAGAAAGGAAAGAUGCAAAACAAGUUAAACUGUUAACCAGAGAUGAUAACGUCACUAAGAUGUCCAAUAAAGAAGGCUAUACGACCACUCAGUCACCAAUCAGAGAGGGCCAGGGGGAAGCCCCUCCCACUCUGUCAGAAGACAGCGGUACAGCAGGUCUGUUCAGAUCCCCAAGUUCCUUUGAGUUCGGCCUUGGGUCCUUUAGCUUGUUGGAGGAGAUCCUCACAGGGCAGGAGUGGGCCAGGUUUCUAAAUCCAUCACAAGUAGACACCUUAGCCAAUCAAACACCAGCUGAAGAGGUCACCAAUCAAUUAGAGGCCAGCCAGAGACGGCCACAAGAUCAUGAGAGCGGCCGAUCAACUAUGACCUUGGACAGAGUCAGACAAUCAGGAAAUGUGAACAGUCAGUGGGACUUCAGACAAAGUGAAUUGGACCUAAGUUAUGAUAGAAGCGCUGAUGUUUCUUCAUCUGUCAAUAUGAAUAUCACAGAACCAAGCCUUGUCCAAGAACAGAACAGUAAAUGUGAACUCAUCCAAUCGGCACCAAAGGAAUAUGGUCAUGUCCAAUCACAAACCAGUUCUGAUGAAGUGAGGCCAAAUCAUAUACCUGUGUUAGAGUUCUCGUUCAUUAAGCCAGUGGAGGUCUUGGAUAGCUCUGCCCUGAAGAGCAGGGUCCACAUGAACAGAAAAAGAGAGCACCGGUCACAGGAGAGGAAAGAAGAGAGAGAAUGUUUAAAAGGAGAGGGGGGAGAGAGAUUAGAAGACAACUCAGUCCCAUCUGAUGAGGAAGAGAGGGAAGAGGGGGACAACUUUAUGAUGCCUGUCUACCCCCUGAAAUCCUCCCUUUCCCCUCUCCCUCCAUCCUCCCCCUCUUCCACCUCACAUCCCCUUGUCACCCGAAGUAUACUGCAACACUCAGUGUUUCAAGAUUCAGAGUCCUCACUAUCAAUGGAAACAGUGACCAAAAAGAGGCGGAUGUCAAAAUCUCGUCACGUGCGGUUCUCUGAGGAGGUAGUUACCAUGCCGCCCAGCCUCCUGAUCCAGCAGUAUCCUGAUUCAGAGGAGGAUUGUGGAACAGAGGAGGACUCCACGCUAGAGGAGAAUGCAGUGAUGGAGGAAGUUCAAGUUGUGCCGAUGAUGCUACAGCCCGCUGCUGCUCUCCCCGCCUGGAUAUUAGCUCUGAGGAGGAAGACAAGGAAGAAACACAGGCACUGAACAAUAACAGGCUCAUCCUUGUCUACCCUUAUUUAACCAAGCAAUUACCUUGAGAAUCUCCUUUGCAAGAGAGACUUGGCAAGAUAGUAAAAAUACUUUGUAAUUACUUUUGCAUCUUUUUUUUCAUUCAACUCAAAUGUUUGAUACUGAGUUAUUAGUGCUUUCCAUGGGGAAGGGAAGAGGAAAGGAAACGAGAUUACUU